GCCCACUUCCGUCAAGAGGCAGCCACCACCACUUCGCUCUCCGCCACCCGCGCCCGCCCUCCGUUGCCCGUUCGAUCGUCCUCCCUCUCGUGCCCCCUCUUCCCAGCCGCAAGAGCCAGGCGAGAGCAAUGGAGGUGGGCGCUAGCAUGGCGAUGCAGUCAAGCGCGCCUGGCGUCGGUGCCGGGGCCGCCGGCGGGCGCCGAAGCGCGUUCCUCGGCCGCGAGAAGCAGGCCCGGGCGGGGAGCCUGCGGGUUGGUGCUGGAACUGCCGGAGCGGCGGCCGUCGCUGUGCGGGCUCGCGGGACCAACCCCGUCGCGCCGCUGCGCUGCGUCAGGGCAUCUCGAGGUCAAAUCCACAACCUGGAGACUCAAAUCGACUUUCGUUAUUCCUCAUCUCAUGCAAGCAGUGAGAGCUUGCAUAACUCAGUUGACGAGGCCCUCUUGUUAAAGAGGAAAUCCAAAGAAGUUAUGUUCCAAUUGAAUGGGCGGUGCAUUUACCUAGUGGGAAUGAUGGGCUCUGGAAAGAGCACGGUGGGAAAGAUAUUGGCUGAAGUUCUGGGCUAUUCAUUCUUUGACAGUGAUAAGUUGGUAGAACAAGCAGUUGGCAUGCCUUCCGUUGCUCAAAUAUUUAAGGUUCAUAGUGAAGCGUUUUUCAGAGAGAAUGAGAGUAAUGUCUUGAGGGAUUUGUCCUCAAUGCGGCGAUUAGUUGUUGCAACUGGAGGUGGUGCUGUUAUUAGGCCAAUCAACUGGAAUUACAUGAAGAAAGGUCUAUCUGUUUGGUUGGAUGUACCUUUGGACGCACUUGCAAAACGUAUUGCUCAAGUGGGGACUGCUUCUCGUCCUCUCCUAGACCAGCCAUCUGACGAUCCAUACACAGCGGCUUUCACGAAACUGAGCAUGCUUGCGGAGCAAAGAGGUGAGGCUUAUGCGAACGCCAAUGCAAGAGUGUCUCUUGAAGAGAUCGCAGCUAAGCAGGGCCACGGUGAUGUUUCUAAACUGACACCGACUGAUAUCGCCAUCGAGGCGCUACUCCAGGUUGGAAACUUCGUCAAUGAACACAAUACAUGGCCAAGUGGGCGACUUGCAAGUUGAUUCACAUAGCCGUAGGGUCCAAACCUUGUAGAGUUUCGACCAUGUGUAGCAGUAGAAUACAGCCACUCUAAAGUAUUUGUUUGUUCUUCAUUCUGAAAUCUUAAAAGGGGUCAUAGAAUGAAAGAUACCCUACCUGCAAAAGGGUAGACUAUACAGCAACUGAUGGAUGGAGCUAAUGAGAGAAGCUCCACGGAUGAAAGAAGUUUUUACAUGCUGGUUUUCGGCAAGCUUUCUUUGCUCCGCGGAGCCUGUUUCAGAGACAAGAACUUUUACAAGGUUCACAUAAAGUUCAUGAUAAAUUGUUUGUUUUUUCCUUUAAAUCUGAGUAAGAAAGGAAUGUGUAAGAAGAUCAUUUAAAUAUCUCCUAUGUCAACCAGCUAUAUUUACAAGCACAAUAAUGCCUUGGCUAUGUUUAGUUUGAGAAAAAUUUGAGUUUUGGUACCAUAG